UGGACCUCAGCAUUCCUCCUGGUGCGAUACUUGUAGUAGUAAUAUAUGGAAAAGCGUAUAUCUCGUGGGUAUCACACCGAUUUACGCGAUUGACGAUACUGCCUCCUUUGGAAGCAAACGUGUUCUGGGUCAAGCAAACGUUAAAACGCCCGCUUGUGUUAUGCCGUGUUCUGCUUCAUGAAAAUUGAGAGCGAUUAGAACCAUGCCUACCGAUUUCUGUUUCGAGCAUUCGGAGAUCAGCAUAUUGCCUCUUGAUAACUCCAAUUUUGAGGCUAAAGAGAUUGUGAGUGAGUCUGAAAACGAAUCUGUCCGCCAAUCGCCUUGCAAAAAACAGAAGGUUGUCGCAGAAAAUACUGAUGGCGAGUCCGAGUAUGAUUCGCUUAGCGAUCCAGAUUCGGAGUCAGAUAUGCACCCCUUUUAUGGGGAAAUGGAAUCCGAAUGUUUUAACAUUGGUGAUGAACCAACAGUAAUUUGCAACAUGCGGAUGUAUCCAUUCGAUUUGCAAGAAGAAAAGAACAUGCGGAGGAUGAGGUUUUGGGCCAAUUAUGCUAUAUUUAUCAUGAAUGAGCAGAUCUUUGUCAAUCAGAAUCCAUAUACGAGCCUCCAACUAAAGGAAGUAGUACGGGUUGUUUCAACUCCAAUGCCCUGCUGUGCAAUAUUCAUGACAUUCCAAGCUCAAGAUAGGAGUGGAGUGGUGUUCAACUAUGAAGCUAAAAUGCAUGACUUCAUGAUAAGUUAUCAAUUGCAGGUUGAGUUUUGCAGAGAAGUGGGAUCCGACAAAAAAAGUCAUUCCGAGAUGGAUGAUGUUUCUUCCUGAUUCUGAAGAAGAUGAAUAUGUUCAAUCAGAACACGAUGUGAUUCAGUUAAAGGAUGUUGAACUCAAGCGGCGCUUCAGUCCCCAUUUUGAACAAAUUAAAAAAAGCAAAUCUUUACCGCUGCUUGUGUUCGCUGGCACCCUUCACCCAGUAGAUCGUUCAAAUGAAGAAGAAUUUCGAAGAGUCAUGUUUUGUGCCAAAUUUGCCUUAUUUCACUAUACUGCAGAAGAGGAAUCAAAGCCUACCCUUCAAUUCAAAGAAAUUGUGGAUGCUAUUAAGAGUGCAACAUCACCUAGUCAAACAUACUAUAUUACUUUCAAAGCCGAAGACACUAUGUCAAGCAACAAAGAGGUUACUUUUUAUGCUCAAGUGUUUGACCACAUGUCAAAACAUUACUUGAAGCUGGGAUUUUGCAGGGAUGCAUCUGGGAAUAGAGUUAUUCCGCCAGAUCGGGAGUAACCAGAACAUGUAUGUUGGGUGUGGUUGAAUGCUUAGUAGAUAACUUGAUGUUGGCUAGUGGUUGAAUGCUUAGUAGAAUUUUUAUUCCAGGAGGUAACUUGUAGUGAAGAACUUGGCAUGGCUUGUGUAACGACUGUGAUGAAUGCUUAGUAGAGUUUUUAUUCCAGGAGCUAUGUAGUGAACUAGUGAAGAACUUGGCAAGUUGGCAUGGCUUGUGUAACCAUUUUGAUAAAUGCUUAGUAGGCUUUUUACUCUAUGUUUCGUAUUUUUAAUACGUAAUACGUAUGCUAUUAAAUUUAUGCUGAUACAGUAACUUUCGCAAUUCUAAAAGUUGUAUAAUUUAAUGGAAAAAUCGCUACAUAACCUUAAUAAAUGGGUCAAGUGAAAUUAGUAGCAUAUGUUUAUUUAUUGAGGUAUUAACAAUUUUGUUGGCAAUAUACAGCC